GUUUAUGUGAAUUGAAGAAACUUGAAGAGCUCGACCUCAGCUAUAACCACAUUGAAGGAAUCCUUCCUCCAUGCCUAAGCAAUUUGACAUCUCUCAGGUUGUUUGAUGUUUCUGGGAACCAAUUCAUGGGAAACCAUUUAUCAUCUCUGUUGGGCAGCCUCAAUUCCCUAGAGUACAUUAAUCUUAGGCAUAAUCAUUUUGAGGGAUUAUUCUCAUUUAGCUCAUUUGUGAACCAUUCCAAGCUUGAGGUGGUUGCUAUUACAAGUGAUAAUGACAAAUUUGAGGUGGAAACUAAAUAUAAAGAUUGGUUACCCAUGUUUCAGUUGAAGGUCUUUGUGCUACCAAACUGUAAUCUGAACAAGCGCUCUGGUGAUUUUCCAAAGUUUCUUCUUCACCAAAACACACUAAGUUUUAUUGAUCUCUCCCACAACAACUUGGAAGAUGACUUCAAAUUGACUCAGAUAGAGUAUUUACGAUUGAACGAUAAUCAGUUCACAGGGCCUCUGACAAAUGUGGUCUUCAAUUUGUCUAAACUUUCUAUGUUGGAUAUUAGCAACAACAACAUGUCAGGAACACUUACUUCUUGCUCAAACCCAAACUUGGGAGUCGUGGUGCAUGUUCAUUUGCAAGGGAACCAUUUUACGAAAUUCAUUCCAGAAGCACUUAUUAAUUUAUUAAAACUUGUGACAUUGGAUGUCAGUGACAAUAACUUGUCUGGCAGCAUUCCCCUGUCCAUUAGGUUACUUGCCAACCGUAGCAUUCUUAUAUUGAGAGGAAACCAAUUGGGUGGUUCCAUUCCAACACAAUUGUGCCAACUGAAUAAGAUAAGCUUGAUGGAUCUAUCCAAUAACUCUUUUACGGGGUCUAUACCAAGUUGUUUAAGUAAUAUCACAUUUGGGGCAAUAGGGGCUACUGAUCUUGCUUUCGUUCAAACACCUUUAGAAUUUUACAGCACUAGGCAUAUCUUCUAUGUGUAUGAAAAUGUCCUACUUCCACAUCUAGAUAUGGUCUUUGAGAUUGGUGGCCCCGAUGGCACAUAUGAUAAAGUAGAUGAAGUUGAGUUUAUUACUAAGAGUAGGACUAACUCCUACCGGGCUGGCAGCAUCCUUAACUUCAUGUCUGGAUUGGAUUUGUCAUGUAACAAACUAACAGGUGAAAUACCUUUUGAACUAGGGAAUAUAAGUAGUGUUCGUGCACUGAACUUGUCUCACAAUCUCUUGAUUGGACCCUUCCUGAAGACCUUCUCAAACCUUACUCAAAUAGAAAGUUUGGACCUUUCUUACAACAAUUUGAGCGGAAACAUCCCAACAGAUCUAAUCAAUCUAAAUUUUUUGGCAGUGUUCAUUGUAGCUCACAACAAUUUAUCAGGGAAGUUAAGUAGUGUUCGUGCACUGAACUUGUCUCACAAUCUCUUGAUUGGACCCAUCCCGAAGACCUUCUCAAACCUUACUCAAAUAGAAAGUUUGGACCUUUCUUACAACAAUUUGAGCGGAAACAUCCCAACAGAACUAAUCAGUCUAAAUUUUUUGGAAGUGUUUAUUGUGGCUCACAACAAUUUAUCAGGUAAACUAUUAGACAGGAAAGCACAAUUUGCGACCUUUGAAGCAAGCAGUUAUGAGGGAAAUCCAUUUCUUUGUGGACCGCCAUUGGAGAAAAAUUGCACACCCAUCGUUAAUUUGCCAUACUGGCCAAUAACAUUAUCCUCAGACGAAACUGAAGGGAAAUGGUAUGAUAUUGAUCUAGUGGCUUUUUCAGCAAGUUUUGUCGGAUCAUACAUUGCUUUCUUGUUUGGAUUUGCUAUUAUUCUUUACAUCAACCCAUAUUGGAGACAAAUGUGGUUCUAUCUGAUUGAGGAGGGCAUGUAUUCUAGUUAUUAUUUUAUUUCUGAUACUGUUCGCAAGAUAUUUUAG